CUUUUCCUCUUUUCCACGUGCAUUUCAUUGAACGAAACCACGCGUUGGUCGAUCUGAACUUAACUUUCUUAAAUUUGACCAGAAAACUUCAAAAAACUGUUAAAAUGGCCCAAAAGAAAGCCGUAACCGCCAAGGGCAAAAAGGCAACGAAUGGAGUGGAAAAACCUUUGGCCAAACGUGUAACGAAGUCCAUUAAGGUACAGGAAGAGAAGGAGACAGUAGUCGCCAAAUCGCCUUCCAAAAAAUCCAAAAAACUGCCUGUAAAGGAAGUGCCGCAGUCCAGUGAAGAGGACGAGUCUGAUGUUGAGGAGCAAAGUGACGAACAGGCCCAGGACGACAGCGACUUUGAGACCGGAGAGGCAGCGGAUUUAAUUGAGGACGAGGCUGAGGAAGAUGAAGAGGACGAUAGUGACGAAGAGGAAGAUGAUGAUGAUGAGUUGGAGCCUGGUGAGGUUUCCAAAAGCGAAGGCGCGGAUGAGGUAGAAAACUCAGACGAUGAUGAAGCGCCUGUAGAGAAACCAGUUUCGAAGAAAUCGAAAAAUGCCAACUCUGAAGUGUCGGAGGAAAAUAGCGGAAUUCCAAAAGUACAAACCAACAGAAUUCCCCCGGGAACGCCACAGAACCAGAUACUUUUUGUCACAAACCUACCAAGCGAGUAUGCCCACAAGGACUUGGUCGCAUUAUUUGCGAAGUUUGGAACAAUUACCGCUCUACAGCGUUUUAAAAAAAUCAAUGGCAUUACAGUUCUAAUUGCCUUUAAUACGCCAGCUGCAGUAGAAGCUGCUUUGCAGGCCAAGCCUAAAGCUUUAACCCUUGGAGACAAUGUUUUGUCUGUGUCCCAGCCGAUAAAUAAGGAAGAGGGCAACGAACGCACGGUGGUAGUUGGCCUGUUUGGAAACAAUAUUACCCAGGAUGACUUAAAGACCUAUUUUGAAAAGGUAGCUCCCGUGGAGUUUGUGUCUAUUACUGCUAAACGCUCUAGUCCCAAAGCUUAUGUACGUUUGGUGUCGAUCGAUGACGUACCGAAGGUUCUUAAACUGAACAGCACUGAGCUGUUUUCUCGCUUUAUAACUGUUUCCCGGUUGACGCAAAAACCGAUUACAAGGACCAGUGAGAAUACCUUGGUUAUCUCAAAUGUGGGCAGACACGAGUCUUACAGCUACGACGCUUUAGCAAAGAUAUUGAAAAAAUUUGGUGAUGUUGAAGAAAUUGACGUUUUGUGCAGCAAAAUAGUUUUAGCAUUUGUCACGUUCAAGGAGUCAGAUGCGGCUACAAAGGCUUUAGCUCAACUCGAUGGAAAGACCGUUAAUAAUGUUGAGUGGAAGGUUCACCGAUACGACAUCGGGGGGAGGUCCAUUCUUGUUACGAACUUGACUGCAGAUGUCACUAAAGACGACCUGGAAAAACUGUUUAACGAGAGCGGCGAAAUUGAAAGCAUCGCACUUCUGGGCAAAAAAGCGUUAAUAAAGUUCAAAGAAGUUGACGGUUUCUGCAAAUCUUUCUUGGCUAAUGAAACCAUUUUAAAGAACAGCCCCAUUUUUAUCGAGCCAUCCUCUCUGCUGAAGCAAAAAGUUUUAAGACAACAACGCUUACUUGCUACUGCCCAAGCCCGCAGCCCGCGUAAAUUUCAAAAGGACUUCAAGCCCAACUUUGGCAAAAAACCAUUUAAUAAGCGCCCGGCACACGAGAAUGGUAGCAAUUCGUUUAAUAAAAGGGCCAGGUUUUAGAACUUGGAAAACUUACCAGAAUUAGUUUUAAGUUGCGCAGUACCAUAUAUACGGCCACAGCCCUGUAAUUCCAUACAGCUUGAUGUAAUGGAUUUAGAUGAUAAGAGAUUGUUCUCUAAAUUUUACCGGAGAAAUGCUAUCCGUAUUUUAAACAGAUGUCGAUUUUUAUAAACAUCGGUCAUGAAACUAAAUAAAAAUAAUUCAACCCCGGAAAAAA